UGGAUCUUUGCUCGCUUUUGACAUUCUCGUACAGCAGCAGUAGUUUCUGCUGCAGGCACAUGACAACACCCCGAACACGGAACGCGCGCUCGCCCUCCUCUUUUGUGGAGAGCGACGAUGGUUUGACACCAGGACAACUUUAGAGCUUCUUUAAAUGAACCCAAAGGAGGGGAAACUUUGGCGUUUUCACCUUAGCAGUGGGAAUACUUUUCAAGCACACUUUGGCAACCACGGAUCCCCGGUGCGGGCAUGUGAGAAGCCCCUUUUUGGCGCAUGUUCCUCGGCGUUGUGCGCAGCCUUCUCCUUGGAACGUGGAGUAGGAGGAGGACUUUUCCGAACCGGAGCCCUUGCCUAUGGACGACGGUGGUCCCCUCUCUCCCAGGGCAAAUGCUUUCAGUAUUGCCUCUCUGAUUUGUGCUGCAGAACAAGCAGGAAACGCAGCGUUUGACAAGCCGAGAGCCUGUCUCGACCAAGCGGACGCUGAGGACCACAGCGGCUUCACCAUGCACUACAGCACUGUGACGCGGGAAAUGGAAGCCAUAUCCAGUCCGUGGCUGACGCAGCUGUCCCAUUUUUGCGAUGUUGCAGCCUUCACGACCAGCAGUCUGAGCAGCCUGAACACCCCGGGGGGUUACCACCUCUCUCCGUCCCCCGGGGAUCCUUACACCCAACAUGAGGCCCACUUCGAGCCGUGCCCGGCAGCUCAGCCCAGCUACAGCUACCCGGGCCAGGCGCCACCACCGAGCGACCCCGCCGGGACCCCUUGUUCCUCAUCCUCUUCCAGCUCCACACCCACCAGCAAGAACAUUGUGAAGAAGAACCCCAAAGUGGCCAACAUUAACGUCCAGCUGGAGAUGAAGGCCCUGUGGGACGAAUUUAAUCAGCUGGGCACCGAGAUGAUCGUCACGAAGGCGGGAAGGAGAAUGUUUCCAACUUUCCAAGUGAAAAUAUUUGGAAUGGAUCCCAUGGCGGACUACAUGCUCCUCAUGGACUUCUUGCCAGUAGACGACAAACGUUACAGGUAUGCAUUCCACAGCUCUUCGUGGCUCGUGGCGGGUAAAGCUGACCCGGCCACCCCGGGAAGGGUGCACUACCACCCGGACUCGCCGGCCAAGGGCGCCCAGUGGAUGAAGCAGAUUGUUUCUUUUGAUAAACUCAAACUCACCAACAACCUCCUAGAUGACAACGGACAUAUCAUUCUGAACUCCAUGCACCGCUACCAGCCCAGGUUCCACGUUGUCUAUGUGGAUCCCCGCAAAGACAGCGAGAAGUACGCAGAAGAAAACUAUAAAACUUUUGUGUUUGAGGAAACUCGCUUUACUGCAGUCACAGCGUACCAGAACCAUCGGAUCACCCAGCUGAAGAUAGCCAGUAAUCCUUUUGCAAAAGGCUUUCGGGACUGUGACCCAGAGGACUGGCCCAGGAAUCACAGGCCAGGCUCCUUGCCAAUAAUGAGUGCUUUUGCCAGAACAAGAAACCCAAUGUCAUCUCCGCCUCAGCAGAACGGCACAGAGAAAGAUGACAACAGGCGGGAAUACGAGCGAGACCCCAGUGGAACGCCCAUCCACGCCGACUCCGCUCACCAGCUUAUGUCCCGGGUCCUCAGCCCUGCCCUUCCGGUCCCAGGAGGCCUCCACACCGUCCCCCUCACCGGUGGCCGCCCCAGCCCUCCCCAUGACCUUCGGUCAGACCACCACACUCUACCCCCGGACACCCUGCACCACCAUCCCUACAAAUAUCCCACCAGCUACGAACACUACUUGGGAGCCAAGACCAGGCCGUCCCCUUACCCUUUACCCAGCAUCAGAGGGCACACGUACCACCACCACAUGAACCCUGCCACAGCAAACAUGUACUCGGCCACCAGUGGGCCCUCAAACUACGACUACGGGCCCAGAUAAUGACUGCAAAAUGCACACUGGGCAGUGGAAAUUGAGCCAGGCAGCCUCAAAACCCUUUUAGGGGCUCUUGCAUCCUGCAGGGUGCAUUCACAGACUGAAAUAAACCCUGCUGUAUUUAUUUAAAGAAUCUCUACAGGGUGCAUGGACACCCCAGAGGUCUCAACGGAGAUCACACCUCGGACAGUGCAGUGCAGACACUGAGCCCGCAGAAUGAGGAGAACACGUUUGAUCACAGACUGGAAUGGAUUUUUUUUUGUGUUGAAUGCACUUUUGGAUUUGCCUCAUUUCUAAAGCUUAAAAAAAGCCAUAUGCUAUAUAGUCCCUGGAUCUUGUAGGUAGACAAGACGUUUGCAUGCUGAGCUCACCGAAGAUAAAAAGGAUGUCGAAGCACAUUCGAUUGUUUUUGUGCGCGGAGCAAAUGAAAGGUGAACAUCUUGAGCCGCUCUGAGAAGCUUGUACCACGGCACUGACUUGCAGCAAUUCAAAGUAAAUAAAAUGAAGCAGAAUGACUGUUCUGUGUCUGUAAAAUAAACAUUACAUUCUUGCAAUUCAUCAAAAAA